AUGGACCAUAAAAUAAAAACUUUAACCUCCCAGAACGACCAAAGAAAACAAGAACUUAACCAUUUAAAUAUUGAAAUAGAUAAACUUCAAAUAGAAAACGAAAAUCUAAAGAAAGAGAUAAAAGGACUUUCAACUCAGACAUCCCAGCCAACUUACAUUCCUGAAAGUAAUUAUAAAAAAAUUGUACUUUAUGGACUCGCAGAGUAUUACAGAGAACCCGAAAACUUACUUUUCAACAGACUGGAAGACCUCUUUCGCGAUAUAGCCCAAGUCGAUCUAUCUGGCUAUAUAGAAGACACGUAUAGGAUGGGCAGAAAUACCAGUUCGAAUCGACCGUUAGUUAUUGAACUAAUUAGUAAGAGAAUGGUCAAGUACCUUCUCAAAAACAGCCAAUGCUUUCAAGGAACUGGAUUAUUUAUUGCCGAAUUUCUAGACAACACUGCGAGAAAGGAAAGGGCACAACUGCGAGAAGAGCUAUUUGCGGCACGCAAAAAGGGCCUGCAUGCAAUAAUAAGGAAUAAGCAACUGUAUAUAGAAGGUAAACUUACACAUCUUAAUAAUUUUAAUAAUAACACCAAUAAAGACCCACACACUAAUAGUCGAGAACUUUCGACCACAAUGCCAACCAACAUCACCAACCCACCGUGUAAUGAGAUUACAUCGGAUGAACAAGAAAUCAAUACAUUUCGCAAAGAAAGACCCACCAUUUAA